UAACCAGGGAAGGCAUGAUUAAAAACCAAAUGACUUUUUGUUUGUUUGUUUGUUUUGAUUUAUUUUAAAGUUUUUUUAUUACUCAUUAUACAUUUAUAUCAUAGGUCUAUAUUAUAUUAGCUGCAGAGUCCAAGCUGGAUCUUUCACCAGGGAAGGCAUGAUUAAAAACUAGCAUUCACCAAAUGACUAUUAUUUUUUUGUUUGUUUGUUUGUUUUUGCUUUUAUUUAAUUUAAUGUUUUUUAUUACUCAUUAUACAUUUAUAUUAUAGGUCUAUAUUAUAUUAGCUGCAGAGUCUAAGCUGGAUCUUUCACCAGGGAAGGCAUGAUUAAAAACUAACAGUCACCAAAUUAGUUUUUUUUUGUUUGUUUGUUUUGUUUUUAUUCAUUUUAAAAGUUAUGUCAGUAGUUUUUCUAAAUUAUACGGUUAUGUCAGUAGAUCACAAUCUAAUUCUCAUCUGUUAACUCCUUGAAUGAACCCAUAUAGAAGACAAGUGAGCGUCUAAAAAAAACAGAUUAUGGGAAUACAUAUUUACGCCUGUUGUAUCCUCACUCUAAUCUAUAAAGAUUAUACUGUUAAAAAAAAUUAUUUAACAACUGCUUUGAGAAGAAUGUUUAACAUGACUGCACGAGCGAGGCUUUUUUUCGGAUGCAAGCCAAGGCAUGUAAUUGGCUACAUUAAGAAGGGGGCAGGUCUCCAGCCUUUAUUGGCUGAGCUGCACUGUCACUUAUCCUACGUGCGUCAUUUCCGUUGUCAGGUGGUGCUGCUAUGGAAAGAUGUGAUCAGCAGUCCCAAGAAGGCUUUUCCUGAUUACCAGUUUCGGUAAUGCUGUGAAAAAAAACGUGCAUUUUGAAAGACAGGCUGCUUUGUGGUGUGGAGGAACUGUCAGUGCACUGCUCCUCGCUAAAGAUUUGGACAAAGAUGUCAGCGGUUGUGUAGACAACACAGGAUAUUCCCCCGGCGGUUUUUAGCUAGAGAUCUGCAGAAUGUCUAGACGUCGUGUUGCAGAGAGAGGGGCAGGAGAAUCAUCCGGCAGGGCAAGCAAGCUCCUUUGUCCUGGGAUAUCUGGCAACAAUGCUAAGAGAGCUGGACCCUUUGUCUUGGGGCCUCGACUGGGAAACUCUCCUGUGCAGAGCAUAGUUCAGUGUCUGGCCAGGAAAGAUGGAACAGAUGACUUCUACCAGUUAAAAAUUUUGACCCUAGAGGAACGUGCUGACUCGUCUGGAGAGACGCAGGAGGAAAGGCAAGGCAAGAUGCUGCUGCACACAGAGUACUCACUGUUGUCUCUCCUUCACAAUCAGGAUGGAGUGGUGCAUCACCAUGGACUCUUUCAGGAUCGCUCCUGUGAGAUUGUGGAGGAUAUGGAGGCCAGUAGAGCACGCAGGAUGAAGAAGCGGAUCUGUUUGGUGCUGGACUGCCUGUGUGCUCAUGACUUCAGUGACAAAACAGUGGACCUCAUCAACCUGCAGCACUAUGUCAUCAAGGAGAAGAGACUUAGUGAGCGUGAAGCCAUUGUCAUCUUCUGUGAUGUAGUGCGAGUGGUUGAGGCUCUGCAUAAGAAGAACAUUGUGCACCGAGACUUGAAGCUUGGAAACAUGGUGCUUAACAAAAGAACUCACCGGAUCACAAUCACCAACUUCUGCCUGGGUAAGCAUUUGGUGAGUGAAGAGGAUCUACUGAAGGACCAGAGAGGCAGCCCAGCCUACAUUAGCCCAGAUGUCCUAAGUGGUCGUCCAUACCGUGGGAAGCCUAGUGAUAUGUGGGCUCUCGGUGUGGUGCUGUUCACCAUGCUGUAUGGCCAGUUCCCCUUUUAUGAUAGCAUACCUCAAGAGCUCUUUCGCAAGAUCAAGGCUGCAGAGUACUCCAUCCCAGAGGACGGCCGCGUGUCAGAGAGCACAGUGUGUUUGAUCCGUAAAUUGCUGUUGCUGGAUCCCCAGCAGAGGCUGACUGCAGCGGAGGUGCUCGAGUCUCUCAGUGGCAUUAUUGCCUCCUGGCAUUCUGUAUCAUCCAUGAGCGGCCCUCUGCAGGUAGUACCGGACAUCGAUGACCAGCUCAACCAACCCGACCAUCUACAGGAGGUGAAGGUAACAGAAGAGUCGUCACAGUACGAGUUUGAGAACUACAUGCGCCAGCAGCUGCUUUUAGCUGAGGAGAAGAACACUAUCCAUGAGGCCAAGAGCUUCCUGACCAAGAGACAGUUUGGCAGUGUGCCUCCAGUAAGGCGCCUGGGUCACGAUGCUCAGCCUGUCAGCCCUCUAGACGCAGCCAUACUGGCCCAGCGCUUCCUCAGGAAGUAGAUCACUGUGCACAGGCCGUGCCAUGCAGCCGGAUUCACAUGUGCGUGUGGUUGCUUUAAAGAGCAUUUGGGUGAGGAGAUGCAGCAUUUUGGACCAUUAUCUCUCGUCUGCUUCUCUCACUGGUUAAAGAAGGUGACUCUAGUUAGGGCAACACACAAGACUUAUGGGUUCUGAGCCCCUACCAAACCCCCCUCCCUGUCACUCUGCCAUACAGACAUUAGCAGCAAUACCGGAAUUGAAUCAUGUAGCAAAUGGGUGUGCACACGUGCAUCUCACACACCCCUCUCAUUCUCCUUUUCUACUCUCAGCACUUUCCAAGGGGAACAGCUCAGAUCACCUGACCUCAGUUGUCGUCUCACCAUGUGUUCCUUGGUCCUUCAGUCAACCACACCCAUCCAUACUGAGCUCCAUCUGCAUCCACAAUUGCAAAUCUACCUCUUAACGUCUCUGUUUCUGUCUCUCAGUCCGUUUAGAACUGUGCUCUCAAUAUUUUUGAAAAACAGGUAUCCAAAUGUGGGGAUAUUACCACAAGCACAGGUGAAGAGCAUUAUUAUUAUUAUUAUUAUUAUUAUUAUUAUUAUUAUUUCUUCAGAGUUUUGGCAUGUCAAAACCAGCGAUAAAGUUUUCUUCAUAAUCUGAAUAAGCUUUGCUCCCCUCUCCUGUUAGAAAGGUAGCAUUUUAAGAACAUGUUCUUUUUCUCCUGCCAUUUUAUUCGUUUAUUCUUGUUUGCCUAAGUUCUUAAGUUAUAGUAUAACACAAGGACUCUGUAGGCCUUCCUUGCUUGAUUGGGCAUUCACAGGCAGCUAGCUUUGUACAGCUCAAAACCUAGAUGCCAAAAAUAGUCCCAAAAGCUGUUGCUUUGCAACCUGUUGCCCUGUGAGGUACGAUAUUCUCCCCUGAUCAGCUAAAGGUGCAGUCGGCUGCAAUGGACAAAAUGCUUUUGCUUUUCUUUUAUUACACUUCAAUAGAGCGUUGUCUUGUACGUGUGAAUUCCUGAAAUUCAAGUACAUGCCUUCUGGGUUUUGUUCUUAUGAUUGCCUGUUAUUAUCUGAGGUCCUAGAACAACCAGAGAUGAUGUAAAGCUGUCAGAAGCAGGAUGGUUGAGGCUGCAAUCAUGUGGAAGUUUAAGCUCCAUUAGGCCCCGGAAGUGCAGGCUUUAAUCUCUUCCCCGCCCCUGUGGUGAGCACAGCCAACAUCUUGAGCUGCCCUUUUGAAAAUAAGCCAGCACUCCUUUUCAGCCACACCACAUCAAGCCGGAACCUUGGCUGCCCUUCUGGUCAAUGUUCUGUGGAAUGGUCACGAAAACUAAACCAAGGAAGGUAGGCAUAUAUAACAUACCCUAAUCCCCAUCUUCCAUUUUUAGUGCCAUUGUCUUUAUUCAUCAUGUAUAUAAAGAUUAUGAGCGCAGUUCUCUUGAUACAUUAAUAACAUUUUUAUGUUUUUCUCCUCACUCUUGUUGAAAGUAGUCGGAUAUAAAUAUUUACAAUCCUGUCAAACUGUUCACCAAUCCAGUCUAAGCUACUUGUAUAAAUCAUUGCCACAGAAUAUCUUGCCUUAGAUUCAGAUUUCAACAGUGAGUGGUGAUUUUUGUACCUUUUGGUGGUCUAGUAUAUUUUAGUAAACAGGCAGUCAUCUUGCAUCAGCCUCUGAACCUGUGACUUAGCUUGUGAAGGCCUGCCUGAUUCACUAAUAUUGGGGGGGGG